GUGUUUUCAUUCCAUGCCUCUUUCUGAAGCGGGUUUUAACACCAUUUUUUUGCAUGCUUUUUCUGCAAGUCCUUGUUACUGGAUUUUUCGUAUUCUUCUUCUUCUUCUUCUGUGGUUUCAACCCUUGUCUUGGGUUUCUCUCUCUUUAUCUAUCUCUAUUAGUGAUAUAUGGGAUUCUGAUGCAUUGUUCUUUGUGGUCUUUCCUCUCUCCAUCUAUCUCUAUUUAUGAUAUAUGGGAUUCUGAUGCAUCGUUCUUUGUGGUCUUUCCUCUCUCUCUCUUUCUAACUUCUUUUAUGGGUAAAUCUCUUGUCUUCUUUCUAUCCUUCUUGAAAAAUCUCCAUUUCCCAGUAUUAUUUCUGGGUUAUUGUUCUUGGGUUUUACCCUAGAUGGGUUUUCAAUAUUUACUAUGGAUGGUGAAGUCAUCAAUCCCAGUUUGAGCCUCCAGAGGAUUCCUUUUUGUACAAGUCCAUUAAUCAGGAAACUCGAGGCCUGAGAUGGCUUUUACUUGAUUUCCAGUGAUUUACAGUAUCACUGUAGCUUCUUUUUAUCUUUUUUAUCUUAUGGCUAUGGUUUUGUCCACAUAAAAUAACGCUCAAGAAGCUUCUUCUAGACUGAUCUGUGCUGGUUUUGGUUGUUCGUUCUUGAGAUUUCAAGCUUUUACCUCCAAAUUCGAUUUGGGUUUCUUCUAUUUUCUCAGAUGGUUGAUGAUUCCCACAUAAAAUGACGUUUUGGAGAGCACCCGACUUGUUUUCCUUGGCUUAUUUUCUUGAGUUUUGGCCUUUUGGGUGCUCUCUCGAGUCACUGAUGAUGGUUUCAUCUGUACAGGCACUGAUGCUCCUCUGAUAACAUCACCAGGGCAUGUAUCAAGUUCAGGAGGAGUGGUUGGUUGAAGGGUUUUCUUUUCCUCAUUUUCUUUAUUUUCUUUUAUCUUUCCUCUCUCUUUUCUAUUUUUCUAUAUUGCGUUUUUCCCGAUCUUUCUUGUCUGCGAUGAUGGGAAGAAGAAGUUACAGUACCUGUUGAUGGCUGUUUAAGUGCUGAUUCGUAUGUUGAGAGAUAGUGAGAGAGGGGAAGAGAGAGAAAGUGGAGUUAAGGAAGAGAAAGUUGGAGGAGUAUAGAAAGAGGAGAGGAGAAGGGGAGAGAGGAGGAGAGACAGAAGUUUGAUGUUCAGAUGUUAUCAGUUCAAAACCCUCCAGAUCCCUCAUGCUCCUCAGAAGUUUCAAAAAGGGGAAAUAAUGAUAGGGCUUCUGAAAAAUUUGCCUUGCAGGCCUCAGAUCUGGAUGGGUCUAAACUCCAUGGUUUAGAACAACCUCACUUCUCCAUAAGAGAGUAUGUUCUAGCAGCAAGGAAUAGAGAUAUUGGAACUAAUUGGCCAUUCUCUCCACAAUAUUUGCAACUAUGUGUGAAGCAUGGUGUCAGAAAUCUGCUGCCACCAUUUGAAUCUCCUGAUAUAGUUAGGGAUCCCUCUUUUCGCAAGGCUGUGAUUUUUGAUGAUUUUGGGAGUAAAGAUGUUGAUCACACUAAUGGGGAGCUAGUCAAUUCUAAAUCUACAUCUUCUCUUCAAAUAGAUGAACCAUCUUUAGCGGGUAAAGAGAUUAAGGAUUCAUAUCUUGCAUCUCCAAGUGAGGAAGAGAUUCGAUCAACAAUAACCAGUGAUGAUCAAGUCCUCGAGAGGAACUUGAAAGGCAAGGAGUUCGACCUACAUUUAGCAAAUGAGUCAACUAGAGUCGAUGAGCCUUCAAUAGUUGAAGUUCGGCAACCACAGUCAUUUUCAAAAGCUGAAUUGGGUGAGCAGACAGAGAAUAAGACUAGUUCAAGUUCUAACAAGGAGCAAAUUCUAGAAAACAAGCCUGAGAUUAGCUGCACUGAGGACUUAAUAUCAAAUUUAAGCACUGUAUCUGAUCCAAUGGCCUCAAAAGUUUGCCCUGUUUGCAAGACCUUCACAUCCACUUCCAACACAACUUUGAAUGCCCAUAUGGACCAGUGCCUUGCUGUGGAAUCAAUCACAAAUAAUUUGGAGCAGAAGCUUCCGAAAUAUAAGGUGAAACCGAGGAAGAAAAGAUUGAUGGUGGAUAUAUAUGUCACUGCUCAGCACUGCACUCUUGAAGAUCUAGAUAGGAGGAAUGGUUCUAACUGGGCCACAGACCCGAGUUUGGUGCCAUUGAGUGGUCAGGAUUGUCGAGAAGCCAGCAAUGAAAGGCCAUCUAAUGAGAUCAACCAUGUUAAAGACAGUUGUUCGAAGGAAGUUUAUGUCGAUUCAAAUGGCAUAAAGCUUAGGAUCCUGUCAAAGUUCAAUGGAGACUUGGGUUUGAAAGACGAAAUGGAGCUAAAGAAGCAAACUGGUGGCCAUAAUGGAUCCAUUUCCUCUUUGAUAGGUAAAAAGAGGCGCUUUGCACCAGGCAACUCAAAGCAUUUGAAAUUGAAGCCCCAGUGCAAGAAACUUAGCUCUUUCAAAUCACUUGAAGGCGAGAUUCUUGGAUCAAAGGAAGUAAAAUGUCGUGUAGACCAUGACGAGGGAGAGACAAAGUCUCGUUCAUUGGAAGAUGGUUUGAACCAAGUAAGAGCUCCCAAGUCUGAGACUUUAAGAAAAUGGGUUCGCUCCAAAAGAUCAAAUAUCUCAAAGCAUUGCAAUAACAAGAGUGGGCGAGUGAACUUGCACUAUUCAAAGCCAACCGAAUUGAUCAAGGGUGAUCCUUCUGCUGAAGCCAACACUUCACGCGCAAAUGGUUGCAUGAUGCAGCUGGCUAAGGCAUCGGGAAACUAUGCUGCUUCUCCGAGAAGUAAGAGAGUGGAAAUUCAGUUCCACACUGAACGGAAAGAUGAUAGUGUUAAAGCCUCCCCUAAGCUUUCUGAGAGGCUUUGCUUCCCAUCUGAAGCCAAAAAGGCCCAAACUUUUAGAAAGAAAAUAUUGUUAAAAGAACUUGAUAUUCCUAAGAAAUCAAAGAGGCAUUGUUUGGAUCAGGCUUUCACCCCUCGUAAGUCUCAGAAGCAGGUAAGCAGGAUGGAUAGUAUCAAUAAAGCAAAGAAAUAUUCAUCAACCAGAGAUAUAUCAGCAUCCAUUUCAAUAAGCCAUCGUGAGAGAAGGGUAACUGAUGAACGAGAUGACUCACAAAAUGUCUCAUGGACUAAACCUGUGGAUCUCAUGAAUGGAUCGAUUCAUGGGUCAAGAGACCCUCACUACCAAAACUUGUCAGAAAGCCAUGAAUCCUCGAUUGUUGAGCAAGUUGAAUCUGGAGAUAAAUGCCAGAGCUCUGAGCCCCAUAGCAUUCGUUCUUGUGGAGGUCACAGUGUAGAAGAAUUUACCAAUAACUUGCAUUGUGGGGAUUCUCAGAAAUCCGUCACUGAAAACUCCAAUGGAAUCCAUACAGUGAAAUUGCAUGAGAAGUUUGUGCCUAAGCGACUCUCGCAUCUGAAUCCCUUAUUGCCCUUGAGCCAUGCGCAACCUGAGAUUUUUUGUGGGAUGAAUCUUCAAACUGAAUCAAGUGUUUUGAGAUUCUAUAAAGAUCAAGGAGCUUAUUGUUCUGAUAAAUAUAGCGAUGGGAUUGUGAGCCCAGGCACUCAAAGGGCAUGUGUCGAAAAUGCCGAUGCUCAUUUUGAGAGAUACUCCUCGCUUCAAAUGGGCUCAGGUGCAAUUCUCUCUCCUCUUCAUGAACCAGGUUCAAGUUUACAAGGCUCACCCGAUGUAGGAUCAGGAACAAUUCCCUGUUCUAGUCAAAAACCAGGGUUGAGUUCACCAACCUCGGGGGACAUAUCAUUCGAGAAAGGGGUUCAAGAGGGUUCAUCUCCACCAAAAGACAUAACAAUUGAGAAAAGGAUUCAUGAGGGUUCAUCGUCAUCCUCAUUUAAAGUUCACAACUUGGUGGCUCCAUUAUAUUUUGAUCAAGGUCAUGAUAAUGGAUACAAUGGUGGUGCUACAAGGUCUUCUCUCUUUUCAGUAUCUGCUGUCUCCCUCCAGAAUACAGAACGGGAACUUGAUGAUCGCCCGUGGCCUGAAGAAACUGUUUCUCGAGACACACCUUCAAUUUGUAGAAAUCCACAAUUCUCUGGGCCUUGGUGUCGCUCUAAUGGUUAUGAAAGAACCAGUUUUGCUUCUUCUGAAGAAAUGAAUAAAAUGAGCAAUUUGGCCAAAGAAAGCACCAAGACCAUUCCUCCCUGUUGUGGUCCAAGGAGUCAUUGGAUUGGGGGGAAAAGCAUGGAACAUAAUUCGAAUUUUGGGCCACAUAACCAUCAAUCAUUGAGCGAUCAUAGAGCUUCAACUCAAGCCGAAUUUGUGGUUCCUGAUGUGGAUAUGGAUUCGGGUUUGUUCUCUAUGAAAGGGAAAGAGAUGCUUUCCAAUACAAUUUCAAGGCAUCCAAUGUGUGAUAAUGAGUUGGCAUCUUCUUCUUCCUCCAAUGGCCCAGUUCAGCCUCAUGCUCAGCCAAACACUAACCCUAACUCUAUUCUGAGAUUGAUGGGUAAGACUCUUACGGUACCAAAUGAAGCUCAGAGUGCUUCAAAUGAGAGUUCCGACGUGAAGUAUUUGAGGCUUUUAGGGUUAUCAAAUGGUGGCUCAACUGACCCUUACGCACUCAACCACCAGGUUCCCGAUCCUCCCCCUCUCAUUGCUCCUUACUUUUGUGAUUCUCUUUCUAAACCACAAGCCGGUUUGCCCAAAUCUCUCAGGAAACCCAGUGAUUCUAGCUUAAAUCAAGCCCAAUAUAACAACCAAAGUUGCCUUCAUGCAAGAGAUUUUUCAGGGGUUAAUUUGCAUGCUGGAUCAAGAGGAACACCAUAUUAUGGGAAAACCCUAGCAAAGCAACCAAUUGAGAAGCCUGGUUCUAUGAGAGAAGUAAUUGUUAUUGAUGAUUCUCCUGAACCCAAUGCUGGUUCAAGAAUGGUGUUCAUGGACAAUUCAGGAUUCAGUGGGAAACCCAAGCCCAGUUCCUGCCUUAGGCUAGGAAAGUCCUCUGGUUUCACUCACCAAAAUGGUUUUACGUAUAGGGAUCCAGCAUCAGAUAUCACUUCCCAUUCUUCGAAUCCCACAAAGCGCGGAGGUAAUUUGGAAGUACCAAGAAGCUUUCUUAGGCAGAGUUCUUUUGGCUUGCCUUUAGUCUCAAAAGAUCACAUGAACCCUGGUGUUCAUUAUGCUCGGGGCUUGCGAUAACUUGACCUCGAAUUUGUGUCCUGAACAUUUUUCUCACUCCAUAUUUGGUGCACUUCAAUGUAUUUUGGAAUUCUGUCAUGGUAAGACUGGAUGGUGUCCCUGAGCUUUGCAUAAUGAAUUAGGACCAUCAAGGAGUUCAUUCUGUUUCUUGAAUUGGGGUCAUCAUGGAGUUUACAACAAAUUGGAUGCUGACUGAUUAUGGAGAUUAUGAGCUUUGAUCAGGACAAUUGAUGCAAUAUGACCCCAUAAGCGGGAACUGUGAGUUUUUGUUUUGAGAUUUUUUGUAUGUAAUCUUCCCGGGCAUGGAGGAGCCAGAUUCGAAAAUGUUUCAAGGCUUCUGAUGUUCUUUUUGCAAAUGUUUUUUUUGUCCUGAAUAAUCCAUCAGCCUCACACUGGACAAUUUUUACGAGUGUUCCAUGAAAAUGGAAAAUGAUGGUCAAUCUGUAAAAUCCAUAGGAAUGAUAAUCGACUAUUAAUCUGAUGCUUGUUUUGAAUCA